CAGACAAAGAAAACGUGUCACUUCUUCAUUGGGCUGCUAUUAACAACAGGCUGGAUCUUGUAAAGUAAGAUGGGAUGUAUGUGUGUUAAUUGCAUAUUUGUAAUUCUGGACCUCUGCCUCAGGUACCACUAUCGAAGCAUCUGCAAUCCUCUGUUUUUAAUGAACACCUGAAAUCUUCUGCCCAGUCGGUUAUAGAGAAGAGGGAUUUAGAGAUUCUCCAAUCCAGGACUCUUAUUGGUCCAGAAAGAAAGACUAGAAGAAGCCAAGGGCCCCCAUCAUAAAGAUAAAGGUUUUAUAUUUCAAAAGGUGCUGUUGUAGAUCAGUUAGGUGGAGAUUUAAAUUCAACUCCUCUUCACUGGGCCAUACGGAUACAGCAUGAUUUUGAUCUUGUGUUUACAGACAGGGGCACUUACCGAUGGUUAUACUGUUACUCCAGCAUGGUGCAGACCCCACUCUCAUUGAUGGAGAGGGAUUCAGCAGCAUUCACCUGGCAGUAUUAUUUCAGCGUAUGCCUCUUAUAGCCUAUCUCAUCUCAAAGGGACAGAGUGUGAAUAUGACAGAUGUAAAUGGGCAGACACCUCUCAUGUUAUCUGCUUCCAAAGUAAUUGGGCCAGAACCAACUGGAUUUCUUUUAAAGUUUAACCCUUCUCUCAACAUUGUUGAUAAAAUACACCAAAACACUCCACUCCACUGGGCAGUUGCAUCAGGAAAUGUUAAUGCAGUUGAUAAACUUUUGGAAGCUGGUGCUAGCUUGGAUAUCCGGAAUGUUAAGGGAGAAACUCCUCUUGAAAUGGCUCUGCACAACAAAAAUCAGCUCAUUAUUCACAUGCUAAAAACAGAAGCCAAAACGAGAGCCAACCAAAAGUUCAAACUUUGGAGGUGGCUGCAGAAAUGCGAGCUCUUCCUGCUGCUGAUACUCGCUGUGAUUACCAUGUGGGCUGUUGGAUACAUACUGGACUUCAAUUCAGAUUCUUGGCUUUUAAAAGGAUGUCUUCUAGUAACAUUGUUUUUUCUGGCAUCUUUGUUUCCAAGGUUCUUGGUUGGAUAUAAGAACCUUGUAUACAUACCCACAGUCUUUCUACUAAGUUCCAUAUUUUGGAUAUUUAUGACUUGGUUCAUAUUAUUUUUUCCUGAUAUUGCAGGCAGCCCUUUCUAUUUUGUUUUCCUUUUCAGCAUAGUAGCCUUUCUCUACUUCUUCUACAAGACUUGGGCAACUGAUCCUGGCUUCACUAAGGCUUCUGAGGAAGAAAGGAAAGUGAAUAUCGUCACCCUUGCAGAAACUGGCUGCCUGGACUUCAGAACAUUUUGUACAUCAUGUCUUAUAAGGAAGCCUUUAAGGUCACUCCAUUGCCAUGUGUGCAAUGCCUGCGUGGCUCGGUAUGACCAGCACUGUGUGUGGACUGGACGGUGCGUAGGUUUUGGCAACCAUCACUAUUACAUAUUCUUCUUGUUUUUCCUGUCCGUAGUAUGUGGCUGGAUUAUGUAUGGCUCCUUCAUCUAUUGGUCAAAUCAUUGUGCCACAACGUUCAAGGAAGACGGACUAUGGACCUACCUCAGUCAGAUCGUGGCCUGUUCCCCUUGGGUUUUAUAUAUCUUCAUGCUAGCCACUUUUCAUUUCUCAUGGUCAACAUUUUUAUUAAUGAAUCAGCUCUUUCAGAUUGCUUUUCUGGGCCUGACCUCCCAUGAGAGAAUCAGCCUGCUGAAACAGAGCAGGCAGAUGAAACAGACGCUGUCCCUCUGGAAGACACCGUACAACCUUGGAUUCAAACAGAACCUGGCAGACUUCUUUCAGUGUGGCUGCUUUGGCUUGGUGAAGCCCUGUGUGGUAGAUUGGACAUCCCAAUACACCAUGCUCUUUCAUCCAGCCAAAGAGAAGGUUCUUCGCUCCGUAUGAAGAAAAGCACCUGGAAACUGUCAUUCUGAUUUGUUUUUGUUUGUUUUGUUUUGCACCCUGCCAAGGUUUGAAAAGGAAAUGAAUUUUGGAGUUCAUCUAAGCCCAGAGGAAAACAAAGGUGGUUUUAUGGCCACUUGGUAAAAUAGUUCUCAAUAAGUGUAUAUGUACUCUUUCAGGCUUAGAGAGGUGGACUAUUCCUUUAUACUCUUGGCAAACACCGUAAAAAAAAAUUUAAAAAUUAAAAAAAACUUUUAUAUUUUUCACAAGAAUAUACAGAUUACUUCUUUUGGAGAUAACAUUCACUGCUUAUGAAUAAAAUAGAGCAUUUUCAGAUACCAUAUUGGCUAUUUUAAAAUAGUACUAUUCUUUGAACAUGUAAUUUUUAAUAAAUUAUUUGUCCAUGUUGUAACUAUAAAU